AUGAGCAACGCUGAGAUAAUUGGUUCUACGAAUCUUAUAAUUCUGCUAGAGGAUGAAAUCUUUGCUGAUUUUUUCAACACAUUUCUUUCUCUCCCGGUCUUUGGUCAGACACCAUUUUAUACUGUUGAAAAUUCGCAGUGGAGUUUGUGGCCUGAAAUACCUUAUGACUUGAUUGCAAAGUACAAAGGAUUAUUGACCUGGUUGGAAAAAUAUCGGUUACCUUUCUUCUGUAAAACCAACUUGUGUUUCCAUUACAUUCUCUGUCAGGAGCUCAUCAGUUUUAUUAACUCCCCAGAAGGAGGUGAAGAGCUGGUGGAUUUCUGGAUCCUUGCUGAGAAGAUCCUGAGCAUAGAUGAGAUGGACCUGGAAGUGAGAGACCACUACUUGUCCCUCCUCCAUGUGCUGAAGGCCACCCAUCUGCAGGAGGGCUCAAGGGUGCUGACUCUCUGCAACAUGAACAUCAAGUCCCUCCUGAACCUCUCCAUCUGGCAUCCCAACCAGUCAACCACCAGAAGGGAGAUCCUGAGCCACAUGCAGAAAGUGGCUCUGUUUAAACUCCAGAGCUAUUGGCUCCCCAACUUUUACACCCACGCCAAGACGAUCAUGGCCAAGGAAGAAUCAUGCCAAGGUCUGAUGCAGGAAUAUGAGACUCGCCAGUGCAGUAUUUGCUAUACCCACGGAGGAGGGCUCCCUCUGAACAUGAGCAUCAAGAAGCACCAUCAGCCCCAGAAGCGGUACUCAAGCAGGAAAACCAAGAGGAAGAUGUGGCAGUUGAUAGACCAUGGCUGUUGGUCUCUGGAAAUGGAUACCAAGCCCGACACUAACACUAUGUUCCCCCAAGAGAUGUGUCCCCAGGAGAAGGUGGUUAUACAAAUGCCUUCCCUGGAAGUGACCUCUUCAAAGGAGAGAAUAAUCAGUUCCCUGGAAAAGGAUAUUUUCUGUGCCAGGAAGUCCAACGCGAAGAAUAAAGCCAAGAGCCAACUCCACAUGGAGGGCCUCUUUGAAACGAAGUUCUCUGCCCACCUGAGGACUGUCACCCCCAUCAUCAGUCACUCUCCCCAGAUGAUAAUCAAGAAGGCCAUCAAGCAAAGCCUCCCCUUGGGGUAUACCCACUGGGCCUUGCGAGCUGAUGCCUGUGCAGGGAGUCCCUUCCGGGACCACCUGAAGAAGUUGAAUUUGAAAGUGGAGACCCAACUCCUGGACCUCUGGCAGGACCUGCACCAUUUCCUCAAUGUCCUGAUGAGUAACAGGAAGACUGGGAAUGCUGUCUUUCGGCACACGCUGGGCAACCGAAUCUGUGAGCUCCACCUGAAUAAGCAGAUUAGCCCAUGCCUACCACUCAAAUCCAAAAUCAUUGACGGCCUGAAGGAGCUCCUCCCUUCUGGAGAUGUGAGCCCCUGGAUUCCCAUAGCCCAGAAGGAGAUCUGCAAGAUGCUCAGCCACUGUUAUCAUGAAUUCCUGGAGGAAGAGGACUACUGGUUUCUCAAUUUCACAACUCAGACUAGGUUCAUCAGCACCAGGUGGAAUAGAAGAGAAUCUAUAAACAAAGAAGAGAAUAUUCUUCUUUAUAAGAGGUUUGAGGAAUCUCUGGAGUUAAGCCAGGGUUUGGCUAACAUGGAGGAAAUGGAUUCUAUGCAGUGGCAAAAGAUAGCUACUGAGGACCUGAAACAAGGCGGGUCUCUCCAGGUACAACUGAAGUCUCCAGUGUUUCUGACAGACAUAGAGAAAAUGUCCUUUGAAGAACUCUGCUGUAAGUAUCCAAAGGUGGCUAUAGAGAAGAUCAGUGAUGACUACAAAACAUAUUGUGAAAAAGCACCUAAAGUAGAUUUUACAGUGGAAAUUGUCAGAGAACCAAAGAUACUUCCAUCUUCAUAUAGGAAGAUGUCUUUGUUUAAAAGAGUUGGUGCAAGGAAGCCUUCAGUAAGACCCAGAAACUUGACAGAAGUCCUUCUAAAUACACAACACUUGGAGUUCUUCAGGGAUUUCCUCAAAGAACGGAAGGCUGAAAGCCCAUUGCAGUUCCUGGUAGCCAUACAGAAGAUCAGUAUUGAGACAAAUGAAAAGGUUUACAAGUCUCUCCUUGAAAAUAUAAUCAAGACUUUCUUCCGUGGCAGAGUCUCUGCUGAAGAAAUGCUGCAGUGCAAUGCCCCUAUUAUCAAAGAAAUCUCUCACAUGAAUACUGUCAGCACAACCACAUUGUUAACGCUCCAAAGCUAUGUCAUGAAAUCUCUGGAAGAAAAGUGGUUUAAAGAUUACCAAGAGCUUUUCCCACCUUGCCAUCCGGAGGGGGAACCUCACGUUCCAGUUUUGCCUAGGAAACCCUCAAAGGCAGUAGCAGUUUACCUACAGGAAUCCCAGAUGAGAGGCUGGCUGAGAAUGAUCAGCUUUAUCAAGAGCUUUUGCAACUACCGCAGAUUUAUGUCUAAUCCCAGCAAACGCCAGGAAUUUGAAGACUAUCUUCACUUAGAAGUACACAAUAGCAAGGAAAAUCUCUCCCCAUCACCAAACGUAUCAGGACGCCCAGUCUCAAACCCCACAAAUGUCCGGAGUGUGGACCCUGAAAAUGGAGAUAUAGUGCUUUCGAAGCGACGUAUAUUUGGCCACAGGAUUAUCACUGUCAAUUUUGCAGUCAAUGAUUUAUAUUUCUUUUCUGAAAUAGAGAAAUUUAACAAUUUGGUGAGUUCAUCUCAGGUGCUACUGUUCAACCGGGCAUACAACGAGAAUGAUGUGAUCCUCCUGAGGUCCAAAAUUAACAUCAUCCUAAAGCUAUUCUUGCAUUCUGAGAUCCCUCCAAGGCUGAGGGUGAAUAUCUCUGACUCCCAGAGGGAUGCCAUCCUUGCUACCAUUGCAGAGGGCCACCUAGAUCGGAACACCUUCCACGGGGCUGUCAUGUCUCUCUUCCCCGUCAUUAUGUACUUCUGGAAAAGGUUUUGUUCCUGGAAGGCAAACCGCUCUUACUUCCAGUACAGGGGGAAGAAGUUAAAGGACAUAAGAAUUCCUCCUAAACCUGUGUACAAGUACCCUCCUUGGAGUGGAGGAGACCACGCCAUCUUAAGAUUCACCUUGCUCAGAGGUGUUGAGUGGCUGUGGCCUCAGCCGCGGGAAGCAGUAGCAAGUUCAAUCCAAAACUCUUCAUCUACCAACCUCACCCAGUCAAGACACGUGCUGUCCUCCGUGCAGCUGUAUCCUGUCCCAGGACGAAAAUUACCCGGUUCCAAAAAGGAAAAGAAAUAA